GACAAAUAAUCCUAUCCUUCUUCGGUCACUACUCCGUAUUUCAGUAGGAUUUCCCCAUUUCCUCCAUCUCCCUCCAAAACCAUUAGCCACAAAACUUUUAUCCUCAGCUUCUGGUUUGCUGGCCAUGGUGGUGGCUGUAGAGCUUAGUUCCUCCUCACUGUCUUCGUACACUAUCAAAGGCGCCACCUUUGACCCUUCUAAGCUCUCUCAUGUAACUUACAGGAUUUCCCAUAAACAGCGCCUCCAUGUCCGGCCUCUUUCUCGUACCCAUUCUUUCACAGUUCGCUCUUCUCUCACCUCCAAAGAAGUCCAAGCACCUGUAGCCUUGCCCACUGAAGACCCCAAGAAGAAACCAGAGUGUUAUGGAGUCUUCUGUCUGACUUAUGAUCUUAAGGCUGAAGAAGAGACAAGAUCUUGGAAGAAAAUGAUAAAUAUUGCCGUUUCAGGUGCUGCUGGAAUGAUUGCUAAUAAUCUCCUCUUCAAGCUAGCAUCUGGCGAGGUUUUCGGACCAGAUCAACCAAUUGCUUUAAAGCUAUUGGGAUCUGAGCGCUCACGUGAAGCUCUUGAAGGAGUUGCUAUGGAACUUGAAGAUUCAUUGUACCCUCUAUUAAGGGAAGUGAGCAUUGGUAUAGAUCCCUAUGAAGUAUUCAAAGAUGCAGAAUGGGCACUUCUAAUUGGUGCAAAGCCUCGAGGCCCAGGAAUGGAGCGGGCUGCCUUAUUAGACAUAAAUGGGCAGAUCUUUGCUGAACAAGGAAAAGCUCUGAAUGCCGUUGCAUCGCGCAAUGUGAAAGUAGUAGUAGUUGGCAACCCUUGCAAUACCAAUGCAUUGAUUUGUUUGAAAAAUGCUCCAGACAUACCAGCAAAGAACUUUCAUGCGUUAACUAGGCUAGAUGAAAAUAGAGCAAAAUGUCAGCUCGCUUUGAAAGCAGGAGUCUUCUACGAUAAAGUGUCUAAUGUUACAAUCUGGGGAAAUCACUCAACCACUCAGGUUCCUGACUUUCUUAAUGCUAAAAUAAAUGGGGUGCCUGUAAAAGAGUUCAUUAAAGAUACUAAGUGGCUGGAGCAAGAGUUUACAGAAAAGGUUCAGAAGAGAGGUGGAGCACUUAUUCAAAAAUGGGGAAGAUCUUCUGCUGCAUCAACUGCUGUAUCAAUUGUCGAUGCCAUGAAGUCUCUCGUCACUCCAACACCUGAAGGCGAUUGGUUCUCCUCUGGUGUAUAUACCAACGGAAAUCCUUAUGGAAUAGCAGAGGAUAUAGUUUUCAGCAUGCCAUGCAGAUCAAAAGGAGAUGGUGAUUACGAACUAGUGAAGGACAUUAUAAUUGAUGACUACCUCCGAGGUCGGAUAAAGAAGACUGAAGCUGAGUUGCUGGCUGAGAAGAAAUGUGUAGCUCAUCUUACUGGAGAGGGCAUAGCUGUGUGUGAUUUGCCUGGGGAUACCAUGCUUCCUGGAGAGAUGUGAGAACUGGAACUUUAAAGAGAGCCCUUCCCUGUAUUACAGCAAUUAUUCAUCACAAGGUAAUGUCAAUGGUGGACAACUUCAACAGAUCAUUUAGAGUUUUGUAAUAAUAAAUUUUGACUUGAAUAAAGAACUGCUAGAGUACAAGUGGAUUUAUGUACAUUUCUUCUGUAGAUGAAUCCGCAUUUGUAGAUUCAUCGUUGCUUUCCCUCCUGCAUAGUUUUGCCUUUUAAAGGUUCUGUAGCUAUUUAUUGGGCAGUGGAAGAACAAGUUUGCAUACAUAAACACCAAGCUCCUUUUGAGAGCUCCAUUGAACUAGCACAAUGUAGGAGUCACUAUGUCUUUAUUGUUAGGAAUUUUCCCCUACUCAUAAAUAAAUAUGUGAUUCUUUUAGAA